GCGUGCGAGACAGACGGUUGUUCGGUUUUCUGGGCAGCUCUAAAACUUGAAAACGAGUUCGUUAUAAAGCAAAUAUUAAUGUGUAUAUAGCUGUGUGCGCGAGCAGACACCGUAUGAACACACACUUUUCGGUGCCGAAAAUAAAACCAAAACGGAACGCGAACGAGGCCUGGGAAGCGGCCGCCACGUAGACGGUAGCAUAAUAACAAUAAAUAAUAAUUUGAAAUAGGCGAGCACCAGAAAGCAGAAGACGACCACAAAGAAGUGGCCAAGUGCAGCCUCCCGUUUCUGAGAUUUCUGAGGGGAGCGCGAAAAGCGAGAAAAAGCGGAAAAGACAGCUCGAGCGCAUCGAGCGUGCAAAUUAAAAGCGCACCACAGUAGCCCCGGCUCCAGCUUCUCGACAUGGAAGUGGCCACAACAAACAAUCACAGUCAGAGCCAUCAUCAUCAUCAUAAUCAUCAUCUGCAGGCAGCGGGCGGAGCGGGGGGCUCGCGGUCCCCCUUCCAGAGGGAGGUGCGUGAAUGGCAACGCAUCGAUCCCAAUACCGGAGCCCUCUUCAGCGGACGCUUGGAGGCAGACCGCUGGAUAAAUGGACCGCUGAACAGCUACGGCAAGAUAUCCGACUCCCAAAACAUCUCACAGCCGAAUGGCACACAGCACACGCAGCGCAAACAGUUGGAGGUGCUGAAGGCCCGCACCGCCAACGGCGCCAUGCAGGUGAUCCGCACCCAGACAGUACAAAAGAGCUCGUCCUCGUGGUCCUCCUCCGCAUCCACCACCACCACAUCCACCACCACCCACCGCCACCGCACGAGUAACAGUAACAGUAACGGCAAUGGCCACGAUCCCGAUCCCCCUCUAAAGACCACGAUCCUAUCCCCCAUCGACCAGGGUGUUGACAUUUGCGAACUUAGCGACGAUUGCAGUCUCAGCGGCAGCGAUGCUGGAAUCGUUCGUACCGCAUCCGCAUCCACAGCCACAUCCGCCUUCGCCUCUGCAUCCACAUCCGCACUGAGCCAGGAGCUCAUCGACGAUCAUGUUGAUUUUGUUGUGAUUAAUGGCGAGGCGAGCGAUCAAGAGGACGCUGCCGACGAGCAUUUGCACAAAGGCGGCCACAAUUUGUUACCCGAUACGGCACCGAGUCUGAAAUUGAGCAAUCUAAUGAAAAGCAGUUCGAGCAUUUCCAGCCAGAGCAGCAACAAUUCGAACUUAACAACUGCAGCACAGGCAGCGAAAAGCAACACCCACAGAAGUGCGGGCAAAAUAAGCCUACAUGCAAUUGUGGGACCAGAAUCAUCAUCAUCAUCCUCGUCAUUAUUAUCAUCGCCAGCGGUUUGGGCCAAGCAGGCUGACUUAUAUGGCCAACUCCCCGGUGGCGUGGGUGGUUCUGGUGGUGCUGCUAGUGCUGGCGAUGCUGACGUAGCUGUGGCACCGCCAACGCAGCGUCGUGAUUUGGAAAGUUUCCGGCAUUAUAACGAUGACGGCGACGACGACGAUCUGCGACUCACCGCUCGUCACCAGCGCCGUCAGCAGGUGUCCCAGUCGGUCUACGCCCCUCCAGUGCCCUCGAUCGGAUCCAGUCUGCUCCAGCGCUCCCGCUCCAUUUCCACGGAUGAUCUCAGCAACGACUGGGAGCGAGAGGAUCCCGCCGAACAGCCGGUGGGCGAGUGGCGCCGGGUCAGCAAGCUGCGUCGCUCCUUUCAGUCGCAGGAUCAUUACAAGAGUCCGGGAUCGGGAGUAUCGGUUCGACCAAGACCCCUGGAUCUGCCGGGGAAUUCGAGUGUGAGUGUGGCCCGUUUGCGGGCGGAACUGGAGAACGGCCGCCGCCUUCACACGGCCAUGCGGAAUAAUCACGUGGACCUGGCCGCCCUGGAUAAUAUAUUGAACACUCCUUCCUCCACCAAACCCACGGUGGCCAAGAGGAACACCUUUCUGACGGCCGAAUCCCUGCAGGAGAUACGCGGCAAGCUGAAGAAGCUCUCGGACGAGAGUCUCUACAAGGAGGACUUUCUGGCCUACCACCAGAAGAAGCCGCCAGCGCCAGUGGUGGUGCGGGAGAUCAGCGUGGAGAAGGUGGCUCCUCCGCCUCCCUCUGCCUUCCGACCCGUCGUUCACAACACCCACAGUUUGGAGUCCCGCCCACAGCGGCAGAAGGAUACCAGUUCCAGCGAGUGGCAUUUGCGGCGCAAAUCCUACGGUUUCGAGAAGAUGUCUCCGCCCGAGGAUAAAAGCAUCUUCCGGGUGGAUGCCUCCACGGAUAGUGGCCUGGGAAGAUCUGGGGAGCAGCUGGGCAACUGGUCGCCCACCGAAAGGGAGCGGGAGAGGAACGAAAGGAAUGCGGCACAGCAAGCAAACAAUGGUGGUACCAUUGUGCAUUUCGGCAGAUCCCGAAAACCCAUCAUCCCAUCAUCCUCAUCAGCUGGCAGUCCCACAGAGGGAGAGCUGAGCAAGCGGCAUUCAAUAGCGGUGGAGGAAACCUGGCGCGAUAUUCGCAAGACAUCGCAGGUGCAUGUGAAUGGAGGCAGUGCGGCUGUGACCACCAGUCACCAGCUGCACCACAAGGGCAGCGCGCAGAAGCGAGUGGAGUUCUGCAAGACGGAGGUGCACUUUGCCGCCGAAUCGGGUCGCGUUAAUAUCGUGGAGACCGACGGCAAGCCGCCGCCCACGCAAAACUUUCGCCGACGCCGCCGCUCCACCAGCAGCAGCAGCACCACCACCAGCGGUCCGCUGCAGAGUCUUGUGAAGUCAGCCAGUGCCGGCGGCACCACCAGCAGCACCACCACGCAGAGCAGCGAGGUGACCCACUUUGGAGACGCUGUCGAUCGUCGCAAGACAAUUGCCACCAGCACUGUGGCCUACCGGGCCACGCUCAUGGAUCCGGCCGAGGUGGUCAGCCAGCCAAUCUCCAGUAGCACUAACAGCACAACCGGCAGCAGUACUCAAGUGACAGUGACCACUGUUCCCAAGCCAGUGCAUGAGCCACGCUACAGUCUGAUGGAGUCCACUUCGCGGAACAGCUACACCUCAACCAGCGGUGUGGAUACUACGGACAACGAGACGGAUGAGCUAUCGAAUAUUCGGGGUAUCCUGAAAAACAAGCCGGUGAAACCGAAGCCCUAUCACCUGGGCGAGAACAUCGAAAGCGCCGACGUACUGUGGAGUGUGCCGGCCAUGAAGAUGGAUCGGGAAAGUCCCUCGGCCAGGGAUAGUGGAACCACCAGUGAUUCACCCAUCAGUCCCAAGUCGGUGGCCGAAAGGAUUCGCAUCGUGGAGCAGCGCCAGCAGCAGCAGCAACCCUCGCCCUCUGGCAAUGGAUAUUCCACCAAGAUCAACGUGAGCCUGGGCUCCGAGGAUUGGACAGAACCAGGCACCGCCAUGUAUCAUCAACCAGCCAGCUCAAAGUACCGACAGUUCCGGCGUCCCAGUGCCCAGGAGCUGCUGCUGGAGGAUCUGCGCCAGCACCAGCGCAUCCUGGACGAAGGACUGAAGUCCACGUCGCUGAUAAUGCGAACCAUGCGAUCGGCCAGCGAAUUCGAUGAGGCCAUGCGUCGUCUGAGCAUAGCUUCGAUUGAGUCCGCUCUGGUGCAGCCCUCGAUUGUGGUGCCCACGCCCAUGUUGCGAUCGCAUAGUUACCAGGAGGAGGGUUCCUACUCCCCGAUGAGACGUCCCUCCACCGUUUCGACCACCUCCAUAACGAGCAGCGAUCUCUUUGGCAGUGCCCUCUACGAUUCCCUGCCUCGAACUCCAUUGGCGCCGCCGCGUCUCAAACUGCUGGGGAAUACCCAGAUCCCGGUGAGCCAGCAGUUGACCCAGCUGCGCAGGCUCUACGAUGCCGCCGAGUUGGAGGAGGACAGUGCUGACGAGGAGGUGAAGCGGUACUUCCGCGACAGCAACAGUGACAGCGGAGGAGGAACCCAGGGAAGCUCCUCGCCGGAUCAGCAGCCGGCGGAGUUGUUCAAGGGCAGCGAGUACUCCAGCAGCUGGAGUCGCCUCAAGGCCAAGCGAACCAUCUGGAAGAUCGAGGCACAAGAUCAGAUGCUGCAGCGAGCAGAUCUUCCCAAGUCUAAUGUGAUGAAUAUAGCGCUUCAUGCUCCCCGAAUCGAGAAGCCCAAGGCUACACCCCCGACCCUACGAAUUGGCCAACUUAUACCCGUUGCCAAGCCAAGGACCCUGUUCAUUCAGCCGCAGGUUCAAACGCAGACUGCGGUGGAUAAUGGCGAUGAAUCGGGCAGCGAGUCCUUGAAGAUUGUCAAGGAAGCACGCGGUGCUCGCAAGCUGCGCGAGCAUGAACUCUCCUACUUUGGAGUGCAGCAGAAGCAGCAGCAGCAACAGACGAAAAUCUCGACGACCACAACGAAUCCCAGAAGGACACUGCCCAGUCGCAGCAAAAUGAGCCACAGUGAUGAGAUGAAGGCCAGCAGCAACACGACGACCACCACCAAGUGGCAACUGCUCAACGAUCGACCCGACCUGCUGAGGCACAGCAGUCCCCAGCAGAACGAGAAUGGCACGACCAACGACUACGAUGAUGAUGAUCUGGACGAGGACGAGGAGCACUGUUACGAGAACAUUGCCAACGAGUUGACCACCACUUUCAGGAUAAAAUCGCCCUCGCACUCCCCGGACCGAUCCCGAUCGCCGGGAAGCUACGAACGGAAGACCGACCUGCAGAGGGACGCUCAGAUCCUAAGCGAAAUGACCCGAAACGCUGAUCAAACUUUGAAGGCUCUGUCCGACGAGGCAGCCAUCAAGGAUCAGCGGCGCAGAUCCUGUUCCCUGCAGCGUCGCAGCGCCAAACCAUUGGAGACCAUUGACGAGAAGGUCAAGGUUUAUCCCCCCACGAUGGGCGUGGCCCGCGGCACCUUCGCCUCGGAGGCGCGUCGCAACUCCCGGCAGUCGACUCCUUCGCCAUCGAGGGCACGCAGCUCCUCGCAGUCCUCCAUCGAGUGCUGUCCCCGUGAUCGAUCCCGCUCUAGUUCGCGGGAGUCGAUGACCCACGGCGGUGGAUCCUCGGACGACCAGGUGGCCACCAAGCAGCGAGCCGAGCGUCUGCGCAUGCGCACCCCCAAGCGAGAGAAAUCGCGCCACGAACCCAUCGAAGUUCGGAUCAAUCGGCACAACAGCAGUAAACCGAGGAGCAGUUCAAGUGCCACGGCAGCAGGAGGAUCAUCUUCACUGGAGUCCAAGCGGAGCUCUCAUCACAGUCGCCACAGCCGGGAGGUGGAUCACUCUGGCGAAACCAAGACCUCCUCUUCCAGCCGCUUGAUCAGAUCCUCCCGGUUGGCAGAUGAAAGUCGCCCGAGACCGAGCAGCCAUCGGGAUCGGGAGAAGGAACGCGAUCGGGAACGCUCCCGGGGAACCGAGAAGCAUCGCGAAGAACUCACACGAUCCAGGGGUCACUCCAGUCGCUCUAGGCACAGUGAGCACCCGUCGUCGGGAACCCGGGAGAGCAGUCGUCCAAGUAAGACGCGAUCGAGCCGCAGUAGUCACGACUCGGCGACGGCACACAAAAAGUCCACAACGACAACCACGAGCACAACAGCCAGUUCGAAAUCAUCGAAAGCCACAGCGCAUAAACCAUCAUCAGCAUCAGCUAGCACCACAGCAACCACAACAACAACAGCACCACCAUCAUCCACAACGCACCACGAACUGACGUACGUAUACGUAACGAAUUUAGCCAAUUCCAAUACCCCAGCAACCAGCGAGGAGUCACCGGAAGGACCGGCAAAAGAGGCCGAUUACGCCAGUAUUGAAGAGGUGGAGGAGGCAAUUAUUACUCCCCAACCACCGCCGCGCAGCAAACGCAAGAGAUCCCUAAUCCCAGUGCCAGUUAAUCAGCCCGCCAGCUAUGAGUAUCGCACCAAGUUGCAGAUGAUACCGGCCAGCUAUUCGAAUCAGUCGACCUUGAGGUGUCGCAGUCUGGCCCGCAAGAAGUCCUCCCUGAAGGCCACCCAAUCGACCAGCUCGAGCUUUGCCUUUAUGCCCUACUUGCCGGCCAAGCGAAACUCGAGUGUUAGCCAUGUGUAUGACAACUAUCUGCUUUAUGCCACUAGUGAAGAGCUGGGAAAGUCGGAAAAACUGCGUCCCUAUCAAAAUAAUCUGAGCAAUGAGCAUGCGCAGCUUUUUGGCGCUUCUGCAACUGCAGCAGGGGCGGUGGCCAGGGAGGGGCGUGGUCGCCUGGGCGGCUGGCCGAAGAGGCUGAAGAUGCGGCAAGUUCGCAGCAGUGUGUCCACCCACCAGCCCUUCGGCAUCUGCACAUGUUCAUAGUCAGCGCGGGAAUGAAAGCUCUCGAGAAACCAAAAAUCAGAAUAAAUAAAUAUAUAUAUGUAUUGCAUAUCCUUUUGGCAGCCAGGAUCUCGUCACAAAAACCACACACCACACAUCCAAAAUAAUCCCAAAUGCACGAAAACGUUUCGAUUUCCCACUGCCCGCCGACAGCGAAAUGCAUUUUCCUAACCAGCCACCCAAAAACCACUGUGUUUUCCCUUACUAAUACUAAAACCCC